AUGUCCACCGCUACCAAACGACCUUCGAUCUCUUCGCUCCCGGACGAUGUGCUCCUCCUAAUUAUCAGUUUCAUAGAUAUACGGGAUAUCUUGUCCCUCCGCAAGGCAUGCCCCUGCCCUCCGCUUCUCAAGCUGCGCUGGGUCUGGUACGACGCCAUGAAGCGCCAUGUUAUCCAGAGGGGGCUCCCCAUCCCCGCUGCCGUCGCGACAGACCUCAAAGCCUUGACGGCGGAACACCUCGAGGCCCGCGCGGUGCACGCUGCGCACUUCCACGACAACUGGAACUCGGCACACCCGGUCGCGCGAAAGGCCGUCGAGUUCUGCGCGGUGAACUACAUGGACGACGAGCUGCCGGACGAGCACCGGGCCGCGGUCACCCACGUCUCCUUCCUGCCCGGGCGGAACGGGCAGUACCUAAUUACGGCCGUGGGACGCGUCUUGACGUGCUGGGAGGUCCCUCUAGGCGAGUCCGAGGCGUAUCGGGUUGCAGAGUGGGUGUCGGCACGGAGGAUUGAGCAAGUGAUUGUGAAUGACGACCCGAAGGCAGAAGUCGUCGUUGCAUAUGUCAGUGCGCACCCAAUAACUCAAGGUGCAGUGGAGUGCAGGGCAUUCACGUUCGACAAAUUCCACGGGAGGUUCAAUUGUCGAAUGGAGCUGCGUGCCCACCGCCAAGUUGUCAUGUCCCUUCACGUCCUGCAUAGCGAUUAUCUCAUCUUUGGAGACCCGAUGCAUGUAUGCUACCUGAGCGCGCCCACAAUAGUUAAGCCGCUUGGGAAGCAGUCGUUAGCGGAGCUGCCGGAGAACUUGGUACUGGCUGUCAAGCCCGUCAACCGAUAUCUCCUUAUCGUCCGCCAGCGCACAUUCGAGAUCACGCUAGCCCCCUCGUGGAAGGGUCUCCGGAUCCCCCAAGCCUCGCUCGUCGCCGCGAGUAUGUGCAUUGAGAUGGACAUACCUGCGUCGAGUUCAGUGAUCGUCUUCCGCGACAAUUCCCUUGUGGUCGACGAGGACCCCCCUGACUGGCCCAAGGAUCCCGUCACUGUGUUGUCCCGCUAUUCCGACGACGUGUUCGAUACGGUGCACCAGUACGAUCUGUUGCCGAAUCCGAAGGCGAAGAACGAAGCUUCUGAAGAUUCAUCGAAGGGGUAUAAUGGGAUGAUGGACCGCCUCCCUUGCGUGUUUCCGUCGCAAUGUACGCGCGUGCUUAACGUCGCGCCUUCGAGCUGCGAUCUUCGCAUCGGGCCCAGCGGGAAGGGAUUCUGGACCGAGACGAGGAACAUCACUUUGCGGCACGCCAGGACGCCCGCGCGAUGUCUUGUUGGGUUCACGGUGAACCCAGGUCCAUACGAUACCGAGAAGAAGGCGGACGUCCAACCGGCGCAUCUUGAGGUAUGCAAGGACGUCCUCUAUUCGCGCCGCUGCAACAUCCACGAGAUCCUCUGGAAGAAAUACAUGAUCGCUUCCACGGCUCUGGAAGAUACGGUCGGGCGGAUAGCGAUAGGUGACGUGACGGGGAGGGUCGAGGUGCUCGAUCUCGCAUGAAAAGGACGUGGACGACGGUCUCUGGUAAGAUCGCGUUAUGCGCGCGCUGUAGCUCUAGUGUAUAUAUACCGCACUCCGUAUACCCGCUGUAUCCCUAGGUUACCUCACCAUCGGUGAGCAGUUUCUCUGUAU